AUGAUUGCUUCUGCACGCCGUUGGACUGUUCAUGUGUGCUUACUCGUGAAUUUGUGGACUCAGUUCACGGGGAUCGUUCAAACAACCAACAAAGAUGAUCAGACAGUGCAUUUACAGCCAUCUGUUUCAUUGCAUACGAAUGCUGAGGAAUCCGUACGGACUAUACACAUGAUCUGUCCCACGGGGACUCGUUGGAUUGUGCCCGAAACAAUUGACUCGUCAGCCAGGAUCUCGAUUAAACCUUACGAAGCCCGGGGAAGCAUUCUGACAUUUCAUCUGCCCGCGAACAACAUUGAGACGCGAUGGACGUAUCGCGGACUGUACGAGUGCUGUCCAAUGCGUUCGGACGUUCCGGUCCCUUUGAUCUGGAUUAGACGAUCGAAACAGCCCAUGUGUUGCCCAUGUUGUCCAUGGUAUGAGCAACAUCAGUGUCUUUCCGACGGGAUGCUUUCCCUUGAACUCGGACGGAACUCAAGCACAGCCGAAGGAAAUAACCCUUGUCUUAGCACAUUUCUCUUCACGGGGACUGUAAAUACACAAGCAAUACGAUUGCAUAUUGUCCCCGAGGAACCUAUGCUUUUACCAUGUCCGGCACCAUUCCACACACCAAAUGUGCACGAAGCUCAUUUUCCACUAAGCAUACAACAUCGGUUUUUUCUUCAUUCUGCAGUGGAAAUGCCGUGGUUCCCAUUUCCCAAUAAUAAUCAUGGAAUUGAUCAUACAUACGAUCCACGAUACGGAUUGUGUUUGCAUCGCGCACAAUUCCCACGAACCACGCUGCAACUCGCCUGUCACUAUCAAUCCACCGGUCAGGUUCGGUUAGUCCAAACUGUUUGGCCACCCUCAUCCCCAACCAUUCCGCCAGAGGUACAACUGCGAUUUGUGAACUCUUCCGCGGUGGAAAAUCCUCCCAUGUGGCAUAGUCUCAGGUCGCCCACAACAAGUCGGGGAACGGAUGUGAUCACAGUCUAUCGAGCACGUGCGGGAGAUACUGUACGCGUGCAAUGCAUCGGAAGCUACAGUCAACUACGAAUCGUUAAGCAACCACCACCGAGAUUGUGCUUUUCAUGGAAUUGGUCAAAAAAAAACGAGGUGAGCAAUUGA